UUGCGUUGGCUGCAGAGAGAGAGUGGGCGGGGCGGCUCUCGGAACUCUGCGCCACGGCUGUUGGGGUUUAUUAAUCAGCACGGAUAGUUAAUUGUUUGAUUGAUUGACGAUGUGCUGAUUACCUCGACAGUGAGCCUGGACGUUUAAAAGCGGCUCGACAGAGAGAGAAGCGGGAGAACUGGAGGAGGAAGAAGAGCUGACGGGCAGUCAGCCGUGAAUUGUAACAUAUACCUUGUGUAUUGUGUAUUGCGAACAGAAAGCCGCGUGGCGGCCGGAAAAUAAAAAGACGCAGUCGCGUCCUGAAAAAGAACUUGUCUCUCUCUCAUCUCUCAAACGAGCGGUAGCACUCAGUUUGCUACAGUGGUGGCCCGUACGGGGAGACGGCAGGAAGAGAGAGAGAGAGAAGGUCAGAGAUGGACCCAAACCGGAGCGAGACGGCGCAGCCUCUCGUAGCGCUGGCGAGGAUGCUGGAGGGGAUGGCCCAGAUGCAGGAGCGGCAGGCGGCCGUACACGCAGAGCAGAUGGAGGCUCUGCGUGCACAAGCCUCCCUCCAGACCCAGGCGCUGCGACAGCUGGCUGCCGCCGGGGAAACCAGCUCCCGGGACCCGCCGUCCCGAUCCCCUCUCCGGAUCCACAUACCAAAAAUGACCGCCGACGAUGACAUCCAGGCCUUCGUGGAAAGUUUUGAGGUGGCAGCGGAGGCGUGUCAGUGGCCCCACGAGGAGUGGGUUGUACACCUCCUGCCCCUUUUAACUGGGGAAGCCCAGCAGGCGGCGCAUGGACUGCCGCCCGGAGCCCGGGCGGAUUACAAGAUUGUGAAGAGGGCGAUCCUGGACCGACUGGGCUGCAGCCCGGAGGAUUACCGGCGCCGGUUCCGGACGGCGAAACUGGUGGCGGAGGACCGUCCCUUCGCAUACGCCCAAAGGCUAACCCACAUGGCCCGGCGUUGGCUGCAACCAGAGACCCGGUCCGCCGGGGGCGUGGUGGAGCAGGUUAUACUGGAACAGUUCCUGGAAGGGUUGCCGGAGGGAACGGCCAAUUGGGUGCGCUGCCAUCGCCCAACCAACCUAGAGGGGGCGGUUACCCUGGCGGAGGACCACCUAGUGCUAUACCCCAGCGCCCAGCAGCAAGCACGGCCGGAACCGGCGCCUAGGAGGAGACCCCCUCCUCGUGCUGGCCCCUUCCCUGUCCCCCGGGCUCUGCCCCCUCCCUUUCCUCAAACUAAUUCCCCCCUUUUUUCCGAUUCCCUCUCCAGGUCCAGGCUCAGUGGCGGGGGGCUCCGGCUCGCAGAGGGCGCCUCAGACGCUCGGACCGGGGUGUUGGCGGUGCGGACAGCUGGGUCACCUGCGCCGCGAUUGUCCACUUAUGGAAGUGGGGCAGGUGGUCCGGGUGGUCGGGCCGCCCACUUCCGCUCCCGAUCAGGAGGGAGCGUACUGCAUCCCGACCGACGCAUCGGACAGAGGGCUGGGGGCUGUUUUGACCCAGCAGGUGGAGGGAGUCGACCGCCCGGUGCUGUACCUCAGCCGCAAACUAUCCCAGCGGGAGGCGAGGUACAGCACGGUAGAAAAGGAGUGCCUCGCCAUCCGGCGGGCGGUCGGGUCCCUGCGCUACUACCUGCUGGGUCGCCCAUUCACCCUCUGUUCGGACCACGCUCCCCUCCAAUGGCUCCACCGCAUGAAGGAUACCAACCCGCGAAUCACCCGGUGGUAUCUGGCUCUACAACCCUUUAAUUUUAAGGUGGUUCAUAGGCCGGGGGCGCAGAUGGUGGUGGCGGACUUCCUC